AUGGCCGAGUUGGGGAAUCUGAGGAGGCAGGAGGUCUUCCUUAACAUCAAGAGGUAUUUGGGCAUGGCUGUUCAGGCCACCUAUAGGCUGGAAGAGGACGCUAAGGAGCAGAGCAGGUCCUUGGAGCUAAAGCGUGACAAGCGCUUGGAUGCUGCGCGGACCCUCAAAAACUCCGAGGCUGAUCUCUCAAAGGCCAGGAAGGAGCUAAAGGAGAUGACCAGGGCUAGGGACAACACCGAAUCAGGCCUUGCCAAUCAGCUAAAGAUUGCUAAGGAGCAAAUCGUUGAUCUAAAGAAGAAGCUGGCUGAGGCGGAGGGAGCCACAAAUGUUGCAGAGUGGGCUAGGAAUGAAGCUUUGAGAGCUAAGACAGAGGCGGAAUUCGCCAGGAUGGAGGCCGAGAGCUCCAAGGAAAAAGCCAAGGAGGAGGCUUAUGACUUGGGAAUGGCUAAGACCCAGGCCACUCUCAAGGCUCAAGUCCCUGGGGUAUACAGGCUCUAUUGCUCCCAGGUUUGGAAUGAAGCCCUCAAACAAGCUGGAGUUGAGGCUUCAUUCAAUCUGUGGAAGGUAGAGAAUGUAUACUACCCUUCGACCAUUAGUGAGACCGCCCCUGUCAGCACCGAGGCUAAGAGUGCCCCAGAGGAGGCUGAGACUGCUCGGCCUGAGGCUGCUCUGGCCAUAACCACUCCUGAUGAGCCAACCAAGGAGCGUGAGCUUCCUGAGGCGGCAGAAACACGUGGAAGUUUGAAUCCUAAAGCGCCCCAGGAGGUUGCCGAGUCUACAGUCGGUACUCAAGCCUCUCAUGCCGAGGAGCCAGCUCUUUUGGUUUAG